CAAACAAAAUUUUCCCUUCCCUUCCCUUCCCUUGCCCCCUUUGCCUCACUGCGUCACUAGUAUGAGUCGCUAUUUCUCCAAAUCACCCCACAUCAAACCAUAAAUUCCUUUCGUUUUACAUAGAUUUAAUUCCAAACAGUGAUUCUCAUUGCCUACCCAUAUCCAUAUAUACAUAUCUAUCUCAUUGUUGAUUCGAUCAUAUCGAUUUACUCAGUGAUCUGGGGAAGAUGACGAAGCCACCUCAGAUCGCCAUUCUUGGCGCUGGCAUUUUCGUCAGAACUCAAUACAUCCCAAGAUUAACUGAGAUCUCCGACCUUGUUGUUCUCAAAGCAAUUUGGAGCCGUACUGAGGAAUCGGCUAGAGGUGCUGUUGAAAUUGCCCGCAAGUUUUUCCCAGAAGUGGAAUGUAAGUGGGGUGACACGGGUCUUGAUGAGAUUAUUCAGAAUACUUCCAUCGUUGCUGUUGCAGUGGUUCUUGCUGGACAAACUCAGGUGGAUAUGUCAUUGAGGAUGCUAAAGGCAGGGAAGCAUGUCCUUCAAGAGAAACCAGCUGCAGCUUCCAUUAGUGGAGCAGAAACUGCAUUGUCAAGCUAUAAUUCUACUUUGGGCAAUCUUCCUGCGCAACCAAUCUGGGCUGUUGCAGAAAAUUAUCGGUUUGAGCCUGCUUUAGUGGAGUGCAAAAAAUUAGUGGCUGAGAUUGGGGAAAUGAUGAGUGUCCAACUUAUUGUGGAAGGAUCAAUGAAUAGCUCAAAUCCUUACUUCUCAAGCUCUUGGAGGCGCAAUUUUUCUGGGGGUUUCAUUCUAGAUAUGGGGGUACAUUUCAUUGCUGGUUUGAGGAUGAUUGUUGGAUGUGAGGUUAAGUCGGUGUCAGCUUUCACUUCUCACGUAGAUUCGACUUUGCCUCCACCAGAUAAUAUCUCCUCUGUAUUUCAGCUGGAGAAUGGUUGUUCUGGGGUUUUCGUCAUGGCGGUAUCUUCAAGAGCACCGAAGAUAUUCUGGCGAGUCGUUGGCUUAAAAGGUACUUUGCAAGUUGAGCGAGGAAAUAGAGACGGAAAACAUGGAUACUCAGUGUCACUCUAUACUUCUGAUGGGCAAACCAAAUGCUCCUUCUUUCCAUUCAGUGGGGUGACUGAAGAAUUAAAAACUUUUUUAAGUGAUGUCUCCCAGGCCAUUCUUAAGGAGGGUAGCUAUGAAGCAGAACCUCGCUGCUCUUACGUGGAAGGUGCUAGGGAUGUUGCUGUUCUGGAGGCCAUGCUUGAAUCUGGAAUGAAGCAAGGAGCACUUGUCCAAGUCAAAAAGUUUUAGUCUCAUUUUCCGAUCCUUGUUGCCAAUGUGAUGUAGCGUGCAUCAGUGUGAUUUAUAUGUUUAAUGAUUCGUUUUUGGAAAAGUUUUAAUAUUAUUCUUUAGAAUGAUAGAGUUGAAACAUGUACACACGGAUAUACAAGCACUUUGGUAGGGGAGAUUUUGUGCAACUAUGACUUGAAUCUAUUUUAUAAAAGCACUUGGAUCUCACAGUGGAGUGGACUCCACAACAGUGAGCUCCACGCUUACAA